AUGGCGUUAGGUAUUCAUCAGUGGCGUCGAUUUAAUUUUUUUGAUAAAGAAGUAGUCAAACGAAGAAAUGGUACACCUUUAGAAGAGCUAAAACAUAUACAAGCAAUUGCAUCAACUAGUACCAAUGGUGCUGGCGAUGGUCAAUUAAUAUUAGGCUGUAGCGAUGGUUCCAUAUGGGUUAUUAAUCGUGAUUAUGAGAUAGGUCAUAUUCAUAAAUUCGAUAUCUCAUUACAAUUAUUAGCACAUUCGUUAGGCAAUACACUUAUAGCUAUUGGGAUGGAUGAAAGUGAAGCAAAGCAAACAAUUAAACUUUGGAAAACAGAUAGAGCACUGAUAGAAAAAGAAAAUACUGAACCAGCUAAAAUUAUAUCAAUACCAGCAAAUGAUCAUCCUAAUUCAAAAAUAUGUGCUGUGGCUAUUACUGACAGACAUAUAGCAUUGGGCUGUGAAAAUGGAGCGAUUUAUUUUUUUACAUCAAAUGAUUUAAUUAAGGAAAAACGAUACAAGUUUACGCCACCAUUCUACCAAGCAAAACUGUUCAUUACAAAUUUAGUAUUUGCUGAAGGAGGAAAACCAAAGAAUGACUUGAUCCUUUAUGCGACAACUACUUCAGAUGUUCUUUCUUUUCGUCUUAUUCAAGCAGCUCCAGUUGUUGCUUCCAUGUCAUCUACCUUAACAUCAACUAUACGUGAUCGACGGCCAUUCCAUUUAUCACAUCAACAACCAAUAGCACAAUUCAGUGACGUAGUUCUUGAAACAGAUAUUGGUUGUAGGCCAGGAUGUGCUGUUUUAGCGCAGUCCGACAAAGAUGGUGAACAGCAAUUCGUUAUUGCAAAUUCAACAGGAGUUUUUUCAUAUGUUGGCGAUGAUAAACGGCUUGGUUUAGGUAUUGAAAAUGAAAAAUCAGCUAUAUAUUGGUGGUUUAACUACUUAAUAAUAAUCACAAAAGAAGAUCGAAAACAAUCUUCAAUUGCAUCAUCAUCAUCAUCAUCAUCAUCAUUUACACGAGCUGGAUCAGCAACUACAGUCAAACCACAAUCAACUAUUUUAUCACAAUUAACAGCUAACCAAACAACAACUGAAUUACAAACAUUAGCUGUUUAUGAUACAAAUGCUCAAUUAACAGCUUAUUCUGUUGGUAUUCCGCGUAUACAAUGUGUAAUUAACGAAUGGGGUUAUAUACAUAUAUUGACUGGUGACGGAGAAUUACACCGUUUAAUGGAAAAAGAUUUACAUUCAAGAUUACAUUUACUUUUUAGAAAAAAUUGCUUUCAAUUAGCAUUACAAUUAGCAAAAAAGAAUCGAACUGGCGCACAAGGUAUGGCAGAAAUAUUUAAACAAUAUGGUGAUCAUCUCUAUGCAAAAAAUGAAUAUGAAUCAGCGACUGAUCAAUAUUGUAAAACAAUCGGAUAUUUAGAACCAUCUUAUGUUAUUAAAAAAUUUCUUGAUUCUCAACAUAUAGAUCAUUUAACUCGAUAUUUAGAAGAAUUACAUCGAGAAAAAUUAGCUAACACCGAUCAUACAACAUUAUUGCUUAAUUGCUAUACGAAACAUCCUGAUCGUAUCUAUCGUCUUACGAAAUUUAUUGGUUUAGAUAAAACAUCUGAUAUUGAAAUGAGUUUUGAUGUUGAUAUAGCCAUCGAUGUUUGUCGACAAGCAAAUUAUUUCGAAGAAGCAUUAGCACUUUCAGCUAAAUAUCAUCGUCAUGAUAAGCAUAUUAAAAUUCAAAUCGAAAACCGAAAAGAUUAUAAUGACGCUUUAAAUUAUAUUCAAACGUUGAAAUUCGAUGAUGGUUUACAAGCAUUUCGAAAUUAUGGCAAAACUCUUAUUAAAGAAAAACCAGAAAAGACAACACAAUUAUUGAAACAACUCAAUCCAACGCCACAACAGAUUGAACAAGAGCAAUUACCUGAAUCAUUGAUUAAUCUAUUUAUGAAUAAUCCUGGCGAACUAUUAGAUUAUUUGGAAUAUGCUGUUAAACAAUAUCCAAGGGAACAUCUUUCUACAACUGUUCAUGAUACAAUUUUAGAGUUACUUUUACAAAAAUAUAGUAAAAUCGACGAUAAAAAAGAGAAGGAUCGUACAAGUAAUAAGAUUUUAGUAUUGCUUCAAGAUUCAAAGAUUGAUAUUGAUGUAACACGUGCAAUGGUUGCAUGUCAAAAGUAUAAUUUUAAAGCUGGCAUUAUUUCUCUAUAUGAUCGAGCGAAAUUAUACCAACAAAUUUUGCAAUAUCAAAUGGAUAAUAAAGAAAGUGAUGAAAUCGUUGCUACUUGCCAAAAAUAUGGCGAUGAUGAUCCACAAUUAUGGAUUCAAGCAUUGAGUUAUUUUUCAAAACUAAAAAGUUCUGAUGGUUGCCAAAAGGAAAUUCAACAGAUAUUGGCAUAUAUCGAUAAGAAUGAUCUUCUCUCACCAUUACUUGUUAUUCAAACAUUGAGUAAUAACGAAUCAACUAAUCUUGAUCUACUUAAAGAUUAUCUCAUUCGAAAACUUCGUACUGAACAAAAGCAAAUAGAAAAAGAUCAAUCAGAAAUUCGUCGAUUUCGUCAAGAAAAUGGAGAAAUUGCGAAGAAAAUUAAAGCACUUGAAACUGAUCCAAUUCUUUGUCAAGAUCCAAAAUGUAGCGCAUGUAAAAUGGAUUUAGACAUUCCAUGUAUACACUUUUUUUGUGAACAUUCAUUUCAUGAACAUUGUGCUGCUACUGUGGAAUCAACAUUAUCAACAGAAAUUACUUAUGAAUGCCCUUUAUGCUCCGGUGAUAAUCGUCGGUUCCUUGUUGUUUCGAUACGCAUAAUAAAUCAAACUCUAUGUGCUGCUAUUUUACAGCCAAAUGACAUCGAAUUGCCAUAUUAUUUUAGUAAAUGGCUCGACUUGAUCAAUAAUCAACGUGUUGGUAAAGAUAUUCAUGAAACAUUUCACCGCGAGUUGGAUGGUCAACAAGAUAAAUUUGGUGUUAUUGCUGAAUUUCUCGGCCGAAGACUUUUCGAUAAAGAAUAG